GCCCCUAGUAACGUCCCUAGCCCUUCUUUUACACGCAACAAAUCACCAUGGAAAAACAGCGACGAAGCACGGCCGUCGGGCGGCUUUUGGUGCUUUCUGCCGUGGCCACUUGCACUUUCGAAGCGACCUUCACGGAGGGACUACGGAGCGCGAGUCGUUUUAGACUGAGUGCUUCUCGCCGCUCGCUUUCAAGUCUUUCUGCUUCGCAGGGCUUAGAGUUUGCCCAGGAACUGGUCGGAGACAAUGAGCGGCAGCUCUUGUCGGAGUUCCGACGUUGUUACAGAGAAAAUCCUUAUCCAGAGAAGUUGAAUUUGUUCUUUCCAAACGAAGAACGGAUCAUCUCGUUGCUCUAUGCCUCGACGUCCUCCUAUACGUCGUCCAGUUUUUUGAGCACCGUGGAUCGCAUCUUCCGACAACUUCAUGCGUGGCCGUCCGCAUGGCCUCUCUGUCAGAAGCUUUUGUCUCCAGAGCAUCCCUGGUCAGAAGCCUAUAGCAAGCAAAUCAUUGCUGAAGGUUUCUGGUCUCCCUUUGAUUUCUUCACGGUGGAUUUAAGCACGUUGCGGCCCUUACAGCGAUAUCCAUUGGAAGAACUCCGGCAGCAGUCCUCAACAGGCUUUCGAGUCGUGGAACGUUGGCUGAAGAAAUUGGAAGAAGAAGGGGAGACUGAUGAAAAGCUACAAGGAUUCUUGAAGAAGUUUCUGGAGCAAGACAAGAUCAAUUCGAAAGAACAAGUGAUGCGUUUACGUCCUUUGGAGGAUUUGCUGGAGUAUUUGCUCUCAACUCUCGUCGAUCGAAUCUUCGAGAUUUCGGACAGCGACGCGAUGACGGCGAUCGUCACGGCCCGAGACCUGCGACAACGGACCAUUCUCCACGUGGCGGCCGAACAAGGCAACAGCAUUUUGGCCGAACAGUUCUUACAAUCCGUUGCAGAAGAGAACCGAAAAGACUUUGCCACUGCCAAAGAUGCCGGAGGCUACUCUGCCGGAGAUCUAGCACUCUUAGCUGGAUACACGUCGACGGCAGAGAAGAUCCAGUCCCUAGGUGGUGCAGAGACAACUCCACCAGCAGCUUUGAAGUUCUUUCCUGCAGCCGAAGGGCACCCCAAGAGGUCGGACGAUGGAGGUUGGAACGAAGAGCCAGGUGUUCCACCCACGGUGGAAUGGUUAAAGGAGUAUUCCAAGACAUCCAAGACAUCGACAUCUCAAUCGUCCUCUCUCUGUGAGAUCGAUGCGAUUUCGGUGGAUCAAUUCGAUUGGACCGUCUUUCAGACACAUUAUGUGGCGCCACGGCGACCGUUGUUGAUCAAGGGCGGUGUGAAGAUGAGCGUCAGUGACCGAGUGAAGUUCACACGAGACGGUCUCCUACAGAUCGCCGGAACAAGGCCCGUCCGGGCCUUCUCGACCCCCUACGAGGACGACUUUCGAAAUGUACCGGCUGUCGAGAUGCCGCUACAAGACUAUGUGAAUUUCUUAGAUCAAAGAGAUCAAGAAAGCGACUUUGAGCGUUCUGAAAAGUUGAGCUACAUUUUUGAACGUCUGAAAGACGAUGAAGGGCCUUUGAGUUUCGCCCGAAGUCCUCCCAAGCUCUUCAAAGAGCACAUCAAGCUGCGUGCUGCACAGUUCUCUCUCGGUGGUCAACUCAUGGGCAGUCCAUUGCAUUAUCACGUGGAUGCGGUGAAUUCGUUGAUCUACGGCCGGAAGCUUUGGUUUCUGAAGCCGCCCGCCGAGCAGGAGUUCCGCAAGACCGUCGUCUACGAGGACCUGGCAAAGAGCGGAGGUCCUCAGGGGCUCCGAGUGAUCCAGGAGGGCGGCGAUUUGCUCUACGUGCCGCAGGAUUGGGCACAUGGUGCGCUUUGCCUCAAGCAAUGCAUCGGCCUGGCUCACGAGUUCGACGUGGUCUUUCGUGACGCGGGACCCGUCUCCGUCGAGACGGUGAAUGCUGGGCUCGGUGUGGCUCUCGCCGGCAUUGCCUUCUUCUCCUUUGGGAUCAUCACCUGGUUUGUACAGCAUGUUUAGGAGCAGCUUGGAGCAAAGCAGCCAAAGGCGAAACAAAAAAGUGGACCGUCUUCCAUCUCAUCCGCGCGGUUUCCGGUCCUUGCCCCCCCCUUCAAAUAAUCGUUCGCCCCGAUUGAUUCUAGAUGUCAGUGAUUGCAG